AUGACCAAGACCAAAUACGGAUACGUACCUAACAAAGCCAGAAACAUUAAGAUCAAUCACCAACUGUACAUGGAUGACUUGAAGCUUUUCGCAGCCAAUGAAGAUCAGAUGAGGAGACUACUGGAGAUUGUUUCCUCAUUUAGCCAGACCAUAGGUAUGGAGUUGGGCCUGGACAAGUGCGCGGUCCUGAAUGUUAAGAGGGGAAAGAUCACGAAAGGACAGGAGAUGAAACUAUGGGAUGAAACGAGGAUACAGUACCUACAACCUCAAGAGACAUAUAAGUACCUAGGUGUUCAGCAGGCCUUGGAUAUAAAUGCGGCGCAAGUGAAGGAGAACUUCAAAACGAAGUACUUUGCCAGAGUAAGAAGUCUCUUAAAGGCCAAACUGAGCUCCAAAGCCCUUUUCACAUCAAUCAACAUAUGGGCCGUACCUUGUAUGAGCUACUCCUUCGGUGUUGUGCGCUGGACAGCGGCGGAACUGCAGGCAAUGGAUGUUCAGACGAGGGAGCUGCUCACUAGGUAUGGUGUCCACCACCCCCACUCCUCAGUGGGCAGACUCUAUAUGAGUAGGCACGAAGGAGGUAGAGGACUGAAAAACAUGCAGAUAACGCACAACAAAAUAGUAUUAGAGAUGAGAAACUAUUUCAGAUCAAAAAACUUCCUUUUUAUACAGGUGAUGUGCAAGGAAGAUGAGUCCUCCCCCCUGCAGUUGGCGAGACCCUCCCUAGACCUAAAAGAGCAAUCACUGAAACAGCUCUCAGAAGAAUGGCACAACAAGGCACUCCACGGCAGGUAUCCUGGUCAUCUGAAAUCUAAUAACAUCAUAAAGUCAGAGUCGCUUACUUACCUUAAAGCGGGAUAUCUUUUUCCGGAGACAGAGGGGAGAAUCGUGGCAAUUCAGGAUCAGGUGGUCUCAACGCGAGCAUACAUAAAGAGGAUAACAGGCCGCAAUAUACCCACCGACAUGUGUAGAAAAUGCGCCAAAACCCUGGAGACGAUACAACACGUCACCUCCUCGUGUCCAAUAAUGGCACCUAAGGACUAUACAGAACGUCACAAUGCUAUGGCAAGGGUAUACCAUAGAGAACUCGCAAAGAAGGCAGGCCUCAUACAAGACCAGGGGAAACCACAUACUUACCAACCACGUGAUGUUCUGGAAAACGACGUAAUCAAGCUCUAUUGGGACACGGCCUUGGUAACGGAUAGAGCAAUUCCGCACAAUCGACCUGACAUUGUUCUGUUCAACAAAGCUGAGAGAUAUGUAUAG